UGGUAUGCAUCAAUCAACUUGUACCAUCUGCUCCCAUGAAACAUUUUGCUACUGUAUAUGUCUAUGAAACGUUUUCUAUAUCUUGAGAAAGUCACAAUAUAUACUGAAGGCAGGUUUAGUAAAAAUUUAUGGGAAGUUGAUCGUAUGAAUGGAUCCUUUGUUCAUCAUUUCCUAUUCAUCACUGGGCUUAUUGGCCGUUUCUACUUUGGUCCUAAUAUUCUGUCGGAAAGAUUAUUAUUAUUUUAUCUACAAUCAUCGGGUGCUCCAUGUCGUCGGUAUGGUGUUUAGCGCUUCCAUGACGAGCUAUGCGAUUACAACUGUAUUAAUAUGGUAUUUUACAGAUAAUGGAAUUGAUCUUGUGACGUCUGCAGUUUUGAUGAACAUCCAAAGUUCAUUAUCAUCAUUUUCGGUCAUACUCAUGGCUCACGCAGCUCAUUCGUUUGUUGGAAGAUUCCGAACACUCUUGUUUUCAACCACUGCAUAUAUCGGCGGCUUGAUGCUUUUCUGGAUGUUCAAUCCAUAUGACGUGAAAUGGCUUGUAGUGGUUGCACUAGUUCUCCUUGCUCUUGGAACAUCAGGAGCCAAUGUUUUACGGGAUGUACUUAUCGACCUGGUCCAUGACAUUGAUAAAUCAGAGGACCGAACUAAAACAAGAUCUAUUGCACGUGCAACAAUCUGGUUGCGUAUAGCAGGUGUGCUUGGUGUCAUUUCAGCUAUAUUAUGGGUUGCCACUGAUGCUCUUGGGGGGGUUCGUCCAUCUUGGAGAAGUUCAUUCAUGAUUUGUAUAAUCACUAUAACUACCGUUUUGAUGAUUUUCUGCAAAGGACAUAAUGUCUAUCAUCAGGAUGCCUUGACUGAAAGACCCGUUGAGAUCUUCUUUCGAGUGUUUCGUGCUCGUAUUCAGAAGCUACUCAAGGUCGACAACUCACGGUGUUCAACGAAUACUUUAGGACAAGACAGAUCACUCCAACAGAAUUUAGGAAUCGAAAUGACAACAAAUGAAGGGAUUGCACAGGAAAGAUCAGUACUACGUUUAAAUAUGAUAGGGCUUGAAGAUAGAGAGAGUAGUUCCUAUAAACAAGAAGAUAUGGUAGUCAUAAAGAGGCUUUUAAGGAUGUUUCCCAUGUGGGGAGUGUUUAUGGUGGUGUGUGUAAUAUCAGCAACAGGUAAUACUUUCUUUCUUCAGCAAUAUAGCUACCUAAAUCCUGACAAAAUACCAAUCCAGAUAUACAACUUGGUUCAAGAUUCCUCAAGCUUUCUUAUCCCGUUUCUGUAUCGUGCGAUUUGUGAUAUACGCUGGAUUAGCAGUGUCGGUAAAAACGAGAAGGUAAAAAUUGGUGUUGGGAUGAUUUUUGCAAUCAUAAGUUGUGUUUCGGCGUGGCAACUAGAGGUUCACAGGUUAAAAGCAGUCAAGACUCUGCCUGAAGAUGAAAAUACUUCCAUAAGUUUUCUUUGGUUAGUGCCUCAGUUCUGCAUGCUUGGAUGCAUGGAAGGACUUACUGGGGAAGGGUUGUUAAAUUUCUACAAGUCACAGAUUAAAGACGAGCCCAUAAGGAGUUAUGGGGAGGAAUACAUUGAAAUAGUUCAUGGCUUUGGAAAGUUGCUUAACAUUUUUCUCAUCUUAUUGCUUAAAAGCCAACGAGAAUGGUUCGGCGAUACAAUCAACGAGAGUCGGGUAGACAAGUAUUAUAGACUCUUGAUAUAUGCUUGCUCAACAAACUUCAUAAUCUAUUGUUGCACUGCCAAAUUCUUUUACAAGGAUACUGAACAACACCAAAACUCGGAUAGUCAUGAUUUGCAACAUGAUUAUCGAUCGGGAUGAUGAGCUAGCAAUAAGAUUUUAUGCAUCUACCGGUAGUAAUGAUGCCGAACAAAACCAAGAUCCAGGUCUGGCUCGACAACAAUCUCUAUGUGAUGGUUAAAUUUAUUGUAUUUAUCUCAUCAUGUUAGUUUAUGUUUUGAGAACCUGUUUCAAAUCUUGCUACUACUGUUUGUUAAAUUAGUAUUCUCGACUUAUGUUUAAUGUAAAUACUUACGUUAUAUCUGAAAGGUUUUGUC